UUGCUGUCGCUGGUGCUCUGGGCCUCGGUCCACAAGGUGGAGGAGGGACACCUGGCUGUCUACUACAGAGGAGGUGCACUGCUCUCUUCCCUGAGUGGACCAGGCUAUCACAUCAUGCUCCCAAUUCUCACAACUUACAGAACAGUACAGACAACAUUGCACACAGAUGAAGUGAAAAAUGUGCCUUGUGGGACAAGUGGUGGUGUCAUGAUCUAUAUUGACCGAAUUGAGGUGAUGAAUGUGCUGGCACCGUAUGCAGUUUAUGACACUGUGAGGAAUUAUACUGCCGAUUAUGACAAGGCACUCAUCUUCAAUAAGAUCCAUCAUGAACUCAACCAGUUUUGCAGCGUCCAUACCCUGCAGGAGGUGUACAUUGACCUCUUUGAUCAGAUUGAUGAAAACCUGAAGCUAGCACUACAACAGGAACUGAAUAGCAUGGCACCAGGCCUUAUCAUCCAGGCAGUGCGUGUGACAAAGCCUAAAAUCCCUGAAGCAAUCAGAAGAAAUUUUGAACUUGUGGAAGCAGAGAAGACUAAACUCUUGAUAGCUACACAGAAGCAGAAAGUGGUGGAAAAGGAGGCUGAAACGGAAAAGAGGAAGGCAAUUAUAGAAGCAGAGAAAAUUGCUGAAGUGGCAAAGAUACAGUACAAACAGAAGGUCAUGGAGACUUUGACAGAGAAACGAAUUUCUGAGCUUGAAGAUGCUGCUUAUUUAGCAAGACAGAAAGCAAAGGCUGAUGCAGGAUACUACACAGCCCAAAAAGCAGCUGACUCAAACAAGCUGAAACUCACACCAGCCUACCUGGAGCUGAUGAAAUACCAAGCAAUCGCUACUAACAGCAAGCUAUACUUUGGCAGUAGCCUGCCCUCUCACUUGUUUCUAGGUUCCUGGGCGAUCGAACACAUGAUUGCAAGGACUGCUAAAGAAGGUCAUCUUGUCUCAGAAACAAGGAAACACCACCUCAGGGCUCAAGAAAGUGCUACUUGAUGCUCGCACCACGUAGCGUCAUUGAUCUGAACAUUAAAGUAACCAACUGCUCAAAAUCAGAGCAGUUAUUGUUUUCAAACUGCCUUAUUGAUAAACAGAGGAAAGGAAUUACAGUUUUUUUUUUGCAGUAUAAACGGUUCUGCACCAAGUUUGUGUCAUUCUCCAGAGCCUGCUAGGAAGAGAAUCCAAAGGCUUUUUAGACUGUUCCACACCAGAAGCUGGCUCCUGGAAAUUUCAAGAAGUAAAGUAAUCCAAGUGCUAACGUUUAUCAUUAGAAAAGAAUUGGCAAUUAAAAUAAUUGAACCUGGCUAUUUGGCCGUUGUGGGGAAGUACUUGUUCCUACAUUGAAAGCAAUUGUAACAUAGGGGCUCUGAUGUACUAAAUCUUAAUAACCUCAAUCAUACAUUUUACUACUGGAAUUUGGAAGUUGAUGCUAUUAACUAAGAGCUGAUGCACAGUUUAGUCCCAUGACACAAUAAGAUAAACGUAUGACUCCAGGGGAGUGUGUACCCAAAUUAUUUUUGGUCCCACUUGUUGGUAAGAUAAAAACUAUUGAGAGAACUUCUUAGGCUCUGGCUCCAAAUCAAUUGUGUUCUUGCUGUGAAAACUUUGUUUUGGAAUUUAUAAAUGUGUCUGAAGAAGAUGCAUCUCAUGACUGGAAAGUAUCAUUUCAGACUUUUUUUUUUUAAAAAAAGGCUUGUAUUUCAAGUAUAUAUAUAUGCAAAACAUUGGUAUUUGGAAUAGGGAAAAUAAAGCUAUUUUCA